CAAGCUCAAACCCCACUGCUUAUAAAUACAGCAUCCAUGGCUGUCUCUCAAGCACCCCAAACAAAAACACAUCUUUGCUUCAUCUUGUUUUGUUUUUUCUUCUUACAUUUGAAUCUGGUAAUGGCUUCAAGCUCUUUACGUUCCAAAGAUUCAGGUUCAACAUGGACCCCAAAACAGAACAAACUGUUCGAAAAAGCAUUGGCACAGUUCGAUAAAGAUACACCAGAUCGUUGGCAAAAUGUUGCCAAGGCUGUUGGUGGUAGUAAAACUGCUGAAGAAGUUAAGAGACAUUACGAAAUCCUCAUCCAAGAUCUCGAACAUAUCGAGUCAGGUCGGAUUCCGAUUCCCAAAUAUAAGUCGAGUGGCGGCGGCGGCAAUGGCCGGUGAUCGAGAAGGAAAAAAGAAAAGGCUUAGGAGUUUUGUCUUUCGAAGUUGCAUUGAAGUCCAAGACUGGUGGCCUAACUUUUAAAUGCUAUGAGACCCCAUUUCUCCUUUUUAUUUUUUUUUUUUAUUUUUUUCUUCCUUCUAUUAUUAUUAUCUUCAUGAAUUGUAAUGAAAAUUAUCUAUUUUUCAAUACCAUAAUUUUCUUUCUUUCA